AGGGGAAGUUCAUGGGAUAUUGUUGGACUUGGCUCUUCCACUUCUGUAGGGGCAAUUCUGUUCAUUGCUGUUGGAAUUAUUGCUAGAAACGUGCCAUUCAAAUCUGCAGAAAUAAUGAAUUGAAACUGCCAUGAAAUGGCAGCAAUGAGGCUGAAAAUUGACAGCAAAUGAAGCUGCAAUUUUCAGCAAAUAUGGCAGCAAUUUAGCUGCGAAUAUGAGGGAAAUGAAGCUGUCAAAUGAACAGCAAAAAUGUGCAGCAAGCUAAGCUGCAAAUGUUGAUGAAAUGACGCUGCCAUGAACAGAAAAUUAAAUACAAAUGCAAAUGCAAAUGAAAGGCUGCAAAGAGGCUGCAGAGCUGCCAAGAGGCAGCAGAGCUGCAAAGAGGCUGCAAAGGACGCAAGCAUGCAGCAGCAAAAGUGGCUGUUACUCAUUUCAAAAUUCAAAUGCAGAAGAGUUUGUUAAUGAAAAAAUCGAGUUGGAGUGAUAUACUCCUCUCCAUUUUAUGUGUUCUGCUCUUCAUCUUCUUCUCCCGGAAUUCUCUCCAUCCCUGUUGAAUGCCCUUUAUGCAAGUCUAAGCAUAGUGGAAAAGGGACAGGCUCUUCACCUCAAUGUUACUCGUGCUUAAUCUGUUUUGGUUAUUUUAAAAUAUUUUAGCAGUUUUAUCCUUUACUGGAUUUUGUUUUUGGUAAUCUACUCUGCUGGAUGAUGGGAGUAAUGUUUCGUAAUUCCCGAAAUCUCAAUAAGCUUGUGGAACUGUAGCCACUAGCCAGAAAAGCACCAUCAGAUUUAGCAUUUUUAGCGCAGGACAAUACUAAGAUGCUAAGCCAGAAAAUAAUAUGGUAAGAUGGUUAACAGAACUUUUUCUUGUUACUUUUGUUCAUCUCAUCACAGUUUUAUAUGGUAUAGUGUCACUGCUAAUAGUCCCAUUCCUUGGUUUCGGGGUGUGUUGACCUUAAAAACAGAAUUUCACUUGAAUUUUCAUAUACAGAAAUCUUCAUUAUUAAAGGCCUUCAUGAGUCAUUGCAUUCUGGUUUCCUUCUUUUCUUUUUCUCUUCUCUAUUCUUUUUUCAGUGUAGUAGAAUCUGGACCCUCGUUUCUUUGCUGUAUGUGUCAUGUUUGUGUGCAUAAGUUAUCAAUAUAUCAUAUUUUGUUUC